AUGAGUUCACUGCCUGUGUUUGUGCGCAAAGCGCGGGCUUGGCUUGCUGCUGCCUCGCCCGCCACUAAGCUCAGCGUUGUGCUUGGGAAUGAGUCUGCCGACCUUGACUCUGUGGCAUCUGCGCUCUGCCUCGCGUUUGUGCGCACUCGUCGCCAGCAGACGGAUGAGGGGUCGCCAAUCAUUCCCAUCGUCAACGUUUCGCGAGCUGACCUUCCACUUCGCACCGAGGUGACAUUUGUUCUGGAGAAGCUUGGCAUCGACGCUGGCGAUCUUGUGUGUCGGGACGAAGUUGAUCUGGCUGGGUUUGCUGCUGCGCAGAGUCUCGACGUGACGCUCGUGGACCACAAUCGCCUGGCUGGUCAUCAGACGUUUCUGCAGCCGUUUGUGACACACAUUGUGGACCACCAUGUCGACGAGCACGACUUUGACCCUUCCGUAUCCACCAUCGAGAUGAUUGGCUCGUGCUCAUCUCUCGUCGCUCGCCAAUACACAGUGAACCUUGAUCGGAGCAAAGGUCGAACGUUCGACACCGAUGAGGCAGCAGCGGCACUGAUGAAGCCGUUCUGCGAUGUGGAUGCUGACAAAUGGUUCAGUGCCAUCCAAGAAGCCAAGUUCAACUGCGCACACUUGACAACAAUGCAGCUUUUGCGGAAGGACUACAAGGAGAUUGGCGCUAGAAAGGCGACAGUUGGCUUUCCGGCUGUGACCAUGGACCUGCAACAGCUCGUGCAAAAGGAGCGCUUCCUUGAAGAUCUUGAGGAGUUUCGAUGCAGCCACCACCUCGACCUGGUGGUCAUCAUGUCCACGGUGUUUGCACCCGAGUUUGCACGGCAGCUCGCUUUGUACACACACGCCAGCCUUCGAGCGACAGCGUGGUGGCCGGCGAUUGUGGAGGCGCUAGAAGGGAACGGUGAGCUGCAGCUUGAGCGGUUGGCGCUCGAAUCCCCCGACAGUCUAAUUGCAUAUCAACAACACAACAUCAAAAAGUCCCGCAAGGCUGUGCUUCCGUUUGUUCGGUCGGUCGUGGAAGGCCUUGCCGCGCCGCCACCCACAGGCAACGAUAGAGCCAGCACCUGA